UCAUUUCAUCUGAGGACGAAAGAAGGGAAAAUCUUACCGUUGCGGAUAUUUAAAUGCAGAGUACUUAAUGAUGAAUAUGGGAUUCCAACAGAGGAUAUUGAAGCAAUUGUUCGAGGUCAUGUUAAAAGCGGAUACAAGAUCGAUCCUGAAGCUCCUAUCGAGGAAGAAGACCAUGAAUAUAGAAAAAAGCCAAAAAUUGAAGAUCGCAUGCACUGCGUUGUGUACGUCGACAGCGUUGAGAAUCAUUUCGAACAGCUGAUGAAUCGCAAGACUAAAGAACAACUACGACGUUUAAGGGAGAAUCUAGCCAUGCAGAAUAUACCACAGAUGGUUCUUUUCAAUAAGGUUGAUUUGCUUGGCAUCUCAAACACACGGGAUAUCUUUCGGAGUCAGGUCGUCAGAGAUAUGUGUAUCAAAGCUGCCGAGAACAUGCAGAUUCCACUAACAAAUGUUUUUCCGAUGUCCAACUAUUUUAAUGAAAUUUUCCCAAUACUGGAGAAGGACAUCCUAGCCCUCUUCUAUCUUCUGACCAUGAUGCAAACGGCUAAUGACUUUAUUAAGUCUUACCAAGGAUGAUGUGCCAGAUGA